ACGGCCCAGAAAAGUAGCUUCCAAUUACAUGAACUUAUUUUCAAACGGACCAGGACCGGUGGUCUUAAAACAUAACCCUGCAUGUCCGAGUACACACUGCGACUCAACGGUCCUUUCAAGAGGCUGAUGUGAGCACAGUGACCCUGAGGAAUGCCUGGAAUGAACAUCACCUCCAUACUAAUUAUUGUCUCGGUGACACCAAGCUGUCAUCUGCUGCUCUCGGGCUGAACAACAAGCACCCGGGUGUCUUGCUGCCAUGACAGACGCCAUGAGCUUUCAGACGCUCCGCAAACUCUCCGUAUGUUGGAGUGUCAUCCCUUUGUUCCUUCACCCGCUUGUGACCUCCAGCAAGAAGUCGGGCUGCUUCAGAGUCAACACCUGCAAGUGCAUCAUGAAGGACGGCAGCGGGGUCAUCAACCUCCAAGCCAUGGGAGAUGCUGAUGGUCUCCUGGGGCGGAUGAAGCGUGUUCCUGCAGACCACCUGCCAGCCAAUGAGGACAUUCUGAUGACUUUUAGUCCGUGCCAACCUUUCUCGCAGCCAGAAGACCUGACAGGAAGUGACUGCACCAAUGUUGCUGCGUGCCUCAUUGUCAGCAGGUAUCUGCGCUUCAACAGGUACAUUCACCGCUAUAUCAACUUUGGUGGACACGACGGCAACGACUUCCACUACAACGACACCCUGAAGACGCUGUCGGUCUCUUACUUUGGGCACAAAGAACUGGUGCGAACAAGGGUCCAUUAUCACUGUAAUCCAAACCAGUCUACGUCCUUCAUCCGGGACCUGAUGUUGAAGGAAGAAGAGCUGCUGCACAUCUGGGUGGAGAGUCCGUGUGCUUGUCCCAACGCCUGUGCCAUUGGAGAUCUGGGUCUCGGAACUAUCUUCCUCAUCAUCCUAACUCUCAGUGCCGCUGCGUACUUCGUCCUCGGUUCCUGUGCUCUGAGGCCUUUUCGGAGCAGCAGCGGGGUUCAGAUCUCUCCGGAACGCAGCGUGUGGUGCAUGGUCUGCUACCUCUUCACUGAAACAAGGCCGGCAAGUCGAGACGACGCUGACAGGACACGUUGGGAAGUUCCUCCAAAAGACCGCAUCCCGUCUUCAUCUGGCGGAGUUGAGGAACCUUAACCGUGACAACGACCGCG